AUGAAAUUAAAGGUCUUCAAUGUGUGGCCCACUAAAUUUGGUCUGCUGUUGGAACGCAAAAGCACUGCACCCGAGGCUCCUCCAAGUCCUCCCGGGGAACCUCUUCCUACUGUAUUCAGUAUGCUGCACCUUCUGGAUGAAGUGGUGUGCAUACCUACAGGUCUGUUCGAGGCUGCCUGUGUGCAAUACGUCUCUGACAGCACCAUGAAAAUCGUCUUCUUCAACUGCAAGCCCUCCAUAGUUAUGACACUGCAGGGCAUACACUCAGUCACUCCAGAUCAGAUUGUUAUGCAAAGCAUGCAGCUGCCCAAGAAGCAUGACUCUUGGCCCCAGGCCCGUGUGGCCACUAUAUUUCUGAUGACCUCAUCACCAGGCCUCCACUCAUGGACUUACUCACCCAGCAUCUUCAGCAUGGCUGCACUCAGCCGGUUCCACUCCCCUGGCAUGGCGGCACCUUCCUUGGCAACGGCGCAGUUUAACGUGAUACCACUCAUGUCCCCCAGAGGGCACAGCUUCCUGCCCUCGCCCAACAGCACUGCCAACGAGUCUGUGCUUGUUCCAGAGAUGAAGCCCAUGGUGCCUGAUCUAUGCACUGAGCAGCUGUGGAGUGAGAUGGCCUCCUCCCACAGGGAGCUGAGCUACCAGGCCUCCAAGGUGUUCAGCUUUCUGUGUCCUGUGGCAGUGAUCUCCCCUGUAUCAGAGCUGAGAGACUCCACCAAGCACCACGAGCCCUCCUGUCUGGGUGACUACAUCUUCCAAGAGCUAAGCAAUGGCACAAUGCUGAGGACAACUAGCCCUGAAAUUGCUACCUCGGGGCUGGCCCUGUAUGUGCUGAAGAUGGACGAGGAGCGCGGGGGGGGGGGGAGACAACGACGAUCACUGCUGGGCCUCCUGCAACAGCUGGCCAGCCCAGAUGCUGCGCCCAUGCUUCCUGAGGGCGGCACCUCCGUGUGUUCAGCUGGCUCAGCAGCUAUCUGGAUGCAGCCUGAUGCUCCAAAUGAAAGUUUGGCUGAAAAGAUUGUUGUUUGGCUAACAUCAGCAGGUUUCACAUUGAAAGACCUUGAAUCCAUGCUCUUUGGUGUGGCUCUGCCCAUCUGCCUGUUGAUUGGGUGAAAGGACCUCACCAAGAAAGCACUCAAAGUUACCGUGGCCAGAGGCAAAGCUGUGUGUGUGUGCGGUCCGGGGCUGAUGCUGGAGGCUCCAGCCACCGUAGAGGCAGACGUUAAGGAGGUUGGUAUGAGUGAUCUGAACCAGGAUGUGAUUGGUCUCAUCUGGGGCCAGGAGCUGCAUGUCCAGGAGGCCAGACGUCUCCUCCAGAGCUCCCGACCAGUCAGGCUCAGCGUGGUCCACCUGGCCGAGGUCAGCGACAUAGAGGAGAAGGAGAACAAACUGCUGCAGCUCUGCCAGCGUUCCAUGGCUCUGCCAGUGGGCAGAGGCCUGCUCACUCUCUUCUCCAACCACCCUGUGUCAACAGAGCCUCCUCUCAGACAGAAACCAGUAAGGUUGAGUUUAGAUCUGAACAGCGGGAACAUUGACCUUCCUCCCAACAUGACGACCUGGUCCAGUUUUCACAACGGGGUGCCUGCAUGCCUGAAGAUCGCCCCGGCCUCCCAGGUGGACUCUGCCUGCAUCGCCGACAACAAGCCCAAGAGCCCUAAUCAGGAGAACGAGUACGCAGGCUUCUUCAUGUCUCUGGGCCUCAACGGACACCUCAGCAAGCUGGCCACACUCAACAUACAUGACGACAUCACCGAGGGCCAUGACAUGACUAGCAUCGGGCUGCUACUGGGUGUGUCUGCAGCCAAGCUGAGAAACAUGGACGUGUCAAUCACCCACCUGCAGAGCAUCCACAUCCCCGCACUGCUCCCACCCACCUCCACUGAGCUGGACGUACCGCACAACGUGCAGGUGUUGGGCAUCGGCCUGGUCUUCCAGGACAUGGGCCACCGCCACAACGCAGAGGUGUGCUCGCUGAGAUCGGCACAAAACCAUGGUCUAACAGAAUACUAUGACCAGAGACUUAAGAAUGUCCCAAGUGUGGGGGUUUCUGGUCAUCAACGUGGACGUCACCUGUCCAAGAGCGACCCUGGCUAUGAUCUACCUGAAGACCAACAACAGGUCUAUCGCAGGUUGGCUGAAAGCUCCAGACACCAUGUUCCUCCUGGACUGCACUCUGGACACUGGCUAGGUGUAUCAGCAUGUGGGAUGAGAUUCUGCCCAACUCGAAAGCAGCAAUGUGCCUCCGGUAACUCCCCUCAAUAUGCACACAAACACCUUGGCUCAUUAGACACAAGUCACUGGCAGCACAAACCUCUACUCAGGACCUGUGGUAAUAAUAUUAUGACAUGGCUGGAUAUAAGAGACAGAGAUGGUGUGUUUAGUAACAUGAGGAUGUGUGGGAUGACUCCUGUCCUCAGGCAAGCCCAUGACCACAUAAUUGCUGGAACCUGUAUGACUGUGGGAUUCCACUUCGCUGGCUCGGCCAACUCUGACGCAUUCGACUGCUUGACAGGCCACUAUAACUUACAGAUGUGUCUGAGCAUGUUGUUGUCAAUGGUGAUGGCUGGCUCUGGUGACCUGGAUGACGCGGCAGAGCUCCAGCACCUUCAGAAGAGGACCAGAACAAUGACCCACCACAUGGCCCUGGGAGGAGGAAGGUGCACUCCAACUCGGCCAUCGCUACCUUGCCAUGUGCGCUCUACCACCAGUUUCCUGCCCACAGCACAGUUAACCGGAUACUGGAAGCUGUCCAUAGACCUGAGUAAAGGAACUCCACAUCUUGAGUCAAUUCUGUCCAGAGAUGGGGUUCUGUAUCUGAAGCUAGGGCCCUAUAAGGUCGACCUUCUGGACUGGAAGAAUCUAUUAUCCCUCGUCGUCAACAGGAACUCACAAGUCCGCACAUUCAAGCCAGAGGCCAUCUCGACCUUCCCCUCCGACGCUGCCUUGGUCUCCUUCGCUGAAUACUUCUGUAAAGCCUUGGAUAGCAUGAGACACAAACACAACACUUUGGCCUUAAUCUCUGCCAUUCGAUCUGAGUGUGUCACUCAGGAGAACCCUGAGAUGCUGCCCACCUACAUUGCUAUUGAUCAGUGUGUGUUGACUGUGCUUUUUGCCACAGGUGGUACUGACCCUGCAACACAGACUGAGGCAGGGGGCAAAGGGCAGGGUCCUGCAACACAGACUGAGGCAGGGGGCACAGGGCAGGGUCCUGCAACACAGACUGAGGCAGGGGGCACAGGGCAGGGUCCUGCAACACAGACUGAGGCAGGGGGCACAGGGCAGGGUCCUGCAACACAGACUGAGGCAGGGGGCACAGGGCAGGGUCCUGCAACACAGACUGAGGCAGGGGGCACAGGGCAGGGUCCUGCAACACAGACUGAGGCAGGGGGCACAGGGCAGGGUCCUGCAACACAGACUGAGGCAGGGGGCACAGGGCAGGGUCCUGCAACACAGACUGAGGCAGGGGGCACAGGGCAGGGUCCUGCAACACAGACUGAGGCAGGGGGCACAGGGCAGGGUCCUGCAACACAGACUGAGGCAGGGGGCACAGGGCAGGGUCCUGCAACACAGACUGAGGCAGGGGGCACAGGGUUAGGUCCUGCAACACAGACUGAGGCAGGGGGCACAGGUCAGGGUCCUGCAACACAGACUGAGGCAGGGGGCACAGGGCAGGGUCCUGCAACACAGACUGAGGCAGGGGGCACAGGGCAGGGUCCCGCAACACAGACUGAAGGAGGGGGCAAAGGGCAGGGUCCCUCAACACAGACUGAAGGAGGGGGCAAAGGGCAGGGUCCUGCAACACAGACUGAGGCAGGGGCACAGGGCAGGGUCCUGCAACACAGACUGAGGCAGGGGGCACAGGGCAGGGUCCUGCAACACAGACUGAGGCAGGGGGCAAGGGCAGGGUCCUGCAACACAGACUGA